AUGAAAAUUCAAAAUAACGGCAAUUGGGGAUGCUCAAGCUUUAACACAGGUCCCAAAGCUUUUUGGAAAGGUUUUAUGACAGCCAGAGCUGCUGUAAGUGUUCAUACCCAAUCGUUAAUCCCUAAUUCAAUUUUGACUAUCAUGAAAUCUAAAGCAUGCAGAAGCUCAAUAAAUUUCGGAAACGAAAUGACAGUAGAAGAAUGCGAAAAAAUCUGCAAAGACUUAGAGAACUGAGUUUUUUCUACACAUUGCGCACACGGCAGGCCUACAGUUUACCCUUUAAUGAAGCUUCCUCCUUAUAUCUCUGAGCUCCCAUCUAUAAACUUUAGUUUGUAA